AUGAGUAUCAUAAGUUGGAACUGCCGAGGGCUUGGGAACCCUCGGACAGUUAGGAUCCUUAACAGGUUGGUUAAGGAUAAGUGCCCCAGUUUGGUCUUUCUUAUGGAAACCAAGUGUUCAAAGGCCAGAAUUGAGACUGUUAAAAGGUGCAUCAAAUUUGAUAGUUGCUUAGUUGUGGACAGUAAAGGGAGUAGCGGAGGACUGGCCAUGCUAUGGAAGGAUGAUGUUAAGGUUCAACUUUUCAACUUUUCUAGAUGGCAUAUCAGUGUGUAUGUUAAAACUAGUGCUAAUGAGACCCCAUGGAUGCUAACUGGAUUUUAUGGUCACCCAAUGACAUCUAAGAGGGCACAGAGCUGGGCCCUCCUAAGAGUUCUGAAACCAACAGCCCCCACAGCAUGGAUGUGUAUAGGUGAUUUCAAUGAAAUCACCAGUCAAAGUGAGAAAAUGGGUGCUUUAAUUAGACCCUAUAAGCAGCUAGAGGCCUUUCGUGAGGCCAUUGAAUUUUGUGAUCUAACUGGACUCAAUACAAGGGGUCUGAAAUUUACAUGGUCAAACAGGAGAAGUGGACGGGGAUUCACAAAGGAAAGACUCGAUAGGGGGCUUGCUAAUGAAGAAUGGAAUAUGAGGUUUCAUAAUGCAACAUGUAUGGUACUCCCUACAAUAAAAUCAGAUCACUCUCCUCUAGUAGUAUCAUUAGUCAGUAGGUCUUUAGAAAGUGGCAGGAAUUUCUCAAGAUUCAGGUUUGAAGCUGCCUGGUCCUUAAAGACAGAAUGCACUGCUAUUAUUCAAGCUGCCUGGUCAAAGGCAACAGGGGGUAGUUCAGUAAUCAGUGGCAAGCUGGCCAACUGCUCCAAGGCAUUGCAGCAUUGGAAUUCAACCCGAAGGAAAGAAGAGCAAGGCUCACUCAGGCAGAAGAUGAAGAGAAUUGCUGACCUACAAGAUGAUGACAUGGGCAACCAUGGCUGA